AUGAGUUUUGAAAAGGGCGACGUGUCGUCGUCCCCGACCGAUGACGCGGCGCCGGAGGGCGAGCCGGCGCCUGACGCCGCGCCAUUGCCACCGCCCCCCGUGCCGGCGUUCCUGGAGGGCGUUUCCGCACCGACAGAGCCUCUCGCGCCGAGCACGGUCACCGCGCCUUCUACGGUCGAGGAGCUCCCGGCCGCCGCGGCGCCGCCGCCGGCCGCCGCGCCGCCGUGGGCCAGCGGGCCGCCGCCUCCAGCCGCCGCGCCGCCGCCGGCCGCCGCGCCGCCGCCGCCGGCCGCGGCCGCCAAGCCGCCGUGGGCCUGCGGCCCGCCGGCGCCGUCGAGCCCGGAGCCGCCGCCGCUCCCGGCCUCCGUUAUCGCGCGCGCGUCGCCGCUCGGCGCCACGCUGCCACGAGCGUCGCCGCCGCGGGUCCCGGUCGUGACCCAGGCGUCGCCCCUGCCGGUGCCGGCGGCGCCGCAGCCCGCCGUGACCGUGCCGCGAGCAUUACGCGAGCUCGCCGCGCACAACACGCCCGCGACCACGACGGCGCUGAUGGCGGCCGCCGCGCCACCGCCACCUCCACCAGUGACCGGCCUGCGCUUCAAGGGCGGCGUGUCCUCGGAAACGGCCGCGGCGCUGCAGCGCGCGGGCGCGGCGCCGCCGCCCCCGGCCGCCGCGGCGUCCGCGCGGCCGCCGUGGGCCUCAGGACCACCGGCGCCGCCGUACAGCGUCGGCGAUUUGGUGGAGGUCAAGCCCGACUGGUCGCCGGGCUGCAACCGCGAGGGCGGCCCCGGCCGCGUCACCGCCGUCAACAGCGACGGCACGUACGACGUCAAGUACUCGUUGGGGAGAGGCACGAUGCAGGGCGUCCCGCUCGCAGACAUGUCCAUCCCGUCCAAGCAGAGCCAGGGCCCGGGCGAGGCCGCGAAACGGUCGCGGCGACGGCAGCCGACGCGGCGCUUCAGCGAGCUGGCCCAGGACGGCCAGAACUACGGCGAGCCCUCGGACGAGCCGCCGCCGCCUCCCAAACGACGGCCGAAGAAGAAGCGGGCCCUCGCGGUGGCCAUGGGCACUGAUCUUAGACCUGCGGCGGCGUUACAGAAGCCCGCUGCCGUUGCGCAGCCGUCCCGACCAAAAGAUCCUCCGUUACCUCCGGGCUUGUGGGGCUCGUCCGAAGCACUCGUGUUCAACACUACGAACCCGAAGCGGGGCAUGUCCGCCGAAAGGUAUGAUAGGUACAAGGCGGCGACUACUGUUGCCGAGUUCGCUCAACUAGGUGGGUCUACUUCCGACUUGAGGUUUGACUUAGCGCGAGGGUAUGCUCGCGUCCUCAACCCGGCGAUGCAGCCCGCGCCGUCGUCGCCGCGAGGUCGGCGGUGUGGUGUCUGUGCCGGUUGUCUCGCGCAGGACUGCCGGCAGUGCCCGUUCUGUCUAGAUCAAAAACGCUACGGCGGGCCCGGCAAAUUACAUAGGACGUGUCAACGACGGAACUGCGAGGCGCCAUUACCGUCCGCACCUCCUCCGAAUGGUGUCAAGCGCAAGGCACCCGUUGUUCAAGAGCCGAAGAAGCGAGGCCGGAAGCCCGCGGCGAAAGCACCCCCGGUAGCACCGAAGCCGGCGCCGAAACGAUCCCCCCAGAAGGUGCCGGAUAGAGCAGGCUUGGAAGCGAGGAUGACCGCCGACGGCUGGACGCGCGAGGAGAAGCCUCGCGAGGGCUCGACGCACGUCGACAAGUACUUCGUGCCUCCGAACGGUGGGAAGAAGCUACGCUCCAUCCUGGAGGUGGCCCGCGCCCACUACCCGUCGUUCAUUGUCCAACAGAAGGUGGCACCGCCUCGACCGCUGACGGGGACCUCCGCUCCUGGUCAUGUGUGGAACCAGAACGAGCCGGAGGUCGACGAAUUAACUGGUGUCGCCUACCAGCCGUGUGGGGUGUGCAAAGGUAAAAAAGGUGGCGAGUUAUUGAUGUGCGACGGGAAGGAUGGGACUUGUGAUAGGACGGCGCAUACGGGCUGCUUAAAUAAAGAAUUUCCGCCCGAGGGCGACUGGUUCUGCGCCCAGUGCCGCGCGGCGGCGCAGAUCGCGUCGGCGCCGCCCUUCAAGAAGCCCACGAAGAAACGUAAAAGUGCUGCGAAGAAGGCUGCCGAUCUACAACGGUUGGGUCCCGAGCCCCGCGUGCGGUUUAACGAUAGCGUGACGGUGAUCCAGUGGAAGGCGGCGCCCCGGGCGGCACCGCGGAAGCGCGGCGAGCCCGUGCUGGAGGACGACGCUACUCGAAGGGCCAUUGCGGCCUCUCUGGCUCAGUAUAAUGAUGAUGAUGGUAGCGAGUACUCUGAUGACUCCGAGGAGCCCGACGACGACGACGGCGGCGAGUGGUCGCCUGACGUUCCAGCGCCUGUUGUUCAGAAGAAGAAGCCUGUGGUGAAGAAGUCGCCGCCGCCGCCGCCGCCGGCCGUGCUCGAACCGUUACGAGUGCCAUCACAACGCUUCGCCGUCGGCGCUAGAGUAGAAGCGCGCUGGGAGGGCGAGUGGUGGCCGGCCAUCGUCGACCAGGUCUGCGAGGACGCCUACGAGGUCGAGUGGGUCGAGGAGCCCGAGGUUUUUAAUCGGCUGGAUCUGGAGGACGUGCGGGCCGCUCGAGCGUCGCCCCACUUCGUGGCCGCGCCGCCGACCGUGCCGCCGGCCUGGACUAAUGCAGCAGCCGCGCUCGCUACGAGUUCUCCGCCGUCGAAGGGCGGUACAAUACGGCAGCCGUCGCCGCUCGCGGCCUCUCCCACGCGCGUGGUCUCGCGGUCGCCUCCACCUGUUGUACAAGCGCCGCCCUCGCCGACUGCUGUUCCCGCCGCGACGGGCCGCUGGGCUCCUGCCGCGCCGCCCGCGCCUUCCGCUCCGGCGACGUGGCCGCCGCGCGCGCCGCCGGCGCCAUUAUUACCGAUGGCCGUCGCGCCGCCGCCGUCCGUGCCGCCGCUCUGGCCGGCCGGGGCCGCGCCGCCUCCAAUUGAUGAGCCGAACGGGACGCCGCGGCGACCACCUCCGCCGGACGUGGAGAUGACGCCGCGCGCCGAGCACGACGCGUCGCCCGGCGCGACGCCCUCCUUCGCACAGCCACGCGCGCUCGAUGAUGAUGUCUAA